AUGUUCAGUAAAAAACAUUUUGUCUUUACCAAUAUCCCAGACCUUUCGGGCAAAGUUGCAAUAGUAACAGGUGCAAAUACUGGUAUAGGAAUUGUGACCGCUAGAGAAUUAGCCCGUAAAAAUGCUCAUGUGUUUGUUGCAUGUCGUAGUAAAGAAAGAGGUGAAUCGGCUGUAGAAUUAAUAAAGGAAGAAACAAACAACGAUUCUGUCGAAUUUUUGCAAUUGGAUCUACAAAGUUUAAACUCUGUUAAACAUGCUGCUGAAACUUUUUUGGCUAGAAAAUUACCAUUACAUAUUUUAAUUAAUAAUGCCGGUAUUAUGGCAACCCCAUUUGAACUGACCCAAGAUGGCAUUCAAGACCAGUUUGCAUCAGCUCCAUCACGUAUUGUCAAUGUUAGCAGCAUUGCUCAUAAGCUUACACCACCGGGAGGAAUAGAAUUUGACAAAUUGAAUGAUCCGAAUGCUCACACUGCUUUUCAAAGAUAUGCUCAGUCGAAACUUGCAAAUAUUUUAUUUACCAUUGAACUUAAUAAAAGACUUUCAGGAACAAACGUUUAUUGUAAUUGUGUUCAUCCGGGUAGCAUAAAUACAGAAUUAUUCCGUGGAAUUAUUACUAAUUGGGGUUAUUGGAUAAAACCAUUUCUUUCUGUAGUUUCAAUAUUUUUAUUAACACCUAAUGAUGGCGCAUUAACUCAACUUUACUGUGCUACAAGUCCUGAAAUUGAAGAACAAGAUUAUCGUGGAAAAUAUUUUGUACCUUUUGGUGUGUUAGGUGAAACUACUGAUUUUGGUAAAGAUGAAGAAUUGGCUAAAAAAUUAUGGGAUUUUUCGGAAAAUCUUGUUAAAGAAAAGUUAGGUGAUGACGUUCUUAGUAAAUGUUUGGCAUAA